CUGCAAAAGAUUCCAUUGCCGAGUUCAAUUGCUGGUUUGGGCUUGGACUGUGCGUGAAUUGAAGGCAAGUUCUUCGUUGUUACUGUUCAUCUCGGGAAUAAUAGAAUUGACUUUACCCUUGUUUCAAGCUCAAUUGAUGCCCAAUUUGUGGAGGAUUAUGAGCGAAAUAUAACCUUUGGAGGAUUAAAAUGAGCCACCCACCGCCCCACGAUAAGAGCUUCUUCACUGCCCACCUCUUAUAUUUUCGUUCUCCGGUGUUCCUAUAUGUCUUUGUUCUUCAAUUUCCAGUGGCACUUCGAUCAUAGACAUCUGCAGACGUCUUCUAAAGAGUGAUCGAAGUAGGUAAAGUCAUCAUGCAUGCAACUAUAAACCAUUGUUUCUAAACAUGUUGGAAGGAAUGAGCAAGUAGGGAACUGCCCAAGACUGCAUUUCGGGCUUAAGUUCAUUUGGUAGCAUCAUCUCUCCCCUCAUAUUCAGCCCCUUGACAGGUUCACGAAAAUGACAAUAGACAAUGGUUUCAUUUGUUAGAAAGAACUGGAUUCUUCGCGAACAUCUUUUAUUUGGUUAGUGUCGGAGAUACUACAAUAUGGAAUUUAAGUACAGGCUCUCCUUAUCUUCAGAAGAUAAAUAACAAAUGCCAAAGGUGAAUGGUCUAUGGAAGGGAUUUGACAGCAAUGAAUAUGGAUCUUCUGGCUAUGAUAAUUCUGGUGAAAAGGUUGAAGCCAAUAGUUUAAAGCGUAGAAAGCUCACAAAAAAACAUCUUUGUGAGAUUAAUGAUCUCAAGUAAGAAGUAACAUCCAAAAGUGAGAUAUGUACAAGUUCAAGUCAUAGGCUUGGACAAAACUCCAGAUCCGUAUAAAGUUGGCAAAGGAACUACUGAUAUCCUGCCCGAGUUCUUGAAUUUGUACGACGACACCAGAGGCCAUAUCAUUUUUCUGAAAAAAGAGGUCAUAUCAAUUAAUAUCAAGGAAAACUGAAAGAUCUCAAAGUUCGGCAUAUUCCAUAUUCAAAGUUUCUUAACUCUAUUGAGGGCAUCAUCAGCCUUGACCGCCUUUAUUAGCUGCGAAAAGGUUGGGGGGAAAUUGUCUGCUUUAAAGGAGCACAUUGCUGCAGUGAAGCUGAAUAAGUUGUUUGAAGGGACGGAUUUCAAGCUUGCAUCUUGUCAUGAACCCUUGAACGAUAGGAUUGCUAAAGAAUGUGGAUUCACUACUCUAUCCAUACGCAUAGUUGAGGAAUUGGUAACUUUGAGUUACUUUCCGCUGGCAAAGUCUCCAGAAGUUUGAAAUGCCGGAACACAUCUUUCUGCAGCUGAAUUUCAUUCUGUGCUUAGUGAUGCCGGGCACUCACAGGAAAAAAGUGAAAAUAGAACACUCCUGCUGGAUGCCCGGAAUUUAUACGAGACAAGGAUUGGAAAGUUCUCGACUCCAAAUGUGGAGACAUUGGAUCCAGGAAUUAGGCAGUACAGUGUCCUUCCAUCCUGGAUAGAUAUUAAUGAAGAAAAAUUGAAGGGAAAGAAUAUCCUUAUGUACUGUACUGGGGGGAUUAGUUGUGAGAUGGCCUCAGCCUAUAUUAAAUCAAAAGGUGCUGGUUUUGAAAAUGAUUUUCAGUUAUAUGGUUGGAUUCAGCGUUAUCUAGAACAAUAUCCUGAUGGGGGGUUUUUCCAAGGAAAGAAUUUUGUUUUUGAUCAUAGAUUACACUUUUUCUGGGAGAUGCUGGAAUGCUACUGUAGACUGCUAGAAAGUAAUUAUUCUUCUCGCAGACGGUGCAUUUUCUGUAGAAUGCUCGUGUUAAUCUGGAAUAGCUGUCAGGAUGUAAAUUCUACUUAUGCUUGUGAACUAUGCCAAAAAGCUGGCAAGGAUGUUCGCUCGGUUUUGGAGAUGAAAGUUCACAAGUCAGUAGAAAUAUCUGAAGGUGGAGGGGAUAUGCUUGCCUAUUGCUGCACGAUCAAAUGGUAAGGCCCGUGAUCGUAAACAAAUUCAAUUUUUGUUUGUCGUGAGAUAGGUAAAACUCCCUUCAUCCCAUCAUAGUGUAGGAUUUAUAUGGGUUUGGCUUCACAUGUUCUUCAAGAAAAUGAAGGAGCUUUUGGUUA